AUGGAGCCCGAAUACCGCCAAUGCGAUGCCUGCGUACGGAUGGGAUACGGAUACACCUACAGACUCCAUGUCUGCAACGCCUGCAUAGCGCUUUUCCGUCGUUUCCAUCGAGCUGGUGUCAGUAUCGAAACAUGUGAGACUGGAGGGAACUGUCCGUUGGACACACGCUGCCGAUAUUGUCGCUAUCAACGAUGUCUGCGUGUUGUGCAUCAAAUCGCAAUGUCGUUGAGAGAUGUUCGGGAUUAUAAUUUUGCAAGUUUUAUUGAUCGAUUUUAA